AUGCAAGUUGACACCGCCGCUACAGAGAAUACCUUGGAGCUGUCGCGCAUCAACUGGCUCACUCCCCUGGAGGCCCACACCCAGGCCCUAUCGGGCCCAAGGGAGCCUGGAACUGCUGGGGUCAAAGGCUGGCAGUGGCAGCGGGUGGAUCCGGCUCUCACUCCUUUCCGCGACUCGAACGUGGCAUCUCAGCAAGAGGUGACUCCGGCUCCGGCUGCUGCGGCUGCUGCGAUACCGGUGCAGGUGCCGCCAAGGACAUUGGAGACCUCUUGCACAAGCCGACCUGCUGCUACCCCCACGCUGGGCCAGAAGGAUCGAGUCUUAUCCGAGCUGCAGGGCUGUUGGAAGAACUGCCUGGACGGCAAGGAAUACUACCUCGUCCGUGGCGCGGAGGUUCUGCGACUCAAGGUCGGCGUGGACUCAAAGCCUUUUCGUCUGCAUUGGGAUCACGCUUCCAGUCGACUUUGGUGGGGCUCCACAGGAAGGUACAGCCUGCAGCCGCCACUGGAGUCACCUCUUCAACUGGCGGUGUGGGAGUCCAGCGAUGGAAGUGGGCGUGGGUUCACGUGGGAGCGGGCUCAGGAAACAGAAGCUCAGCAAUGCGAGCAUAAGCUUAAGAGCCAACAGCAGCAACAGCAGCAGCAGCAGCAUUUUCAACAACAGCAGCAGCAGCAGCAGUUUCAGCAACAGCAGCGGCAGCAAGAGUUGCAACAGCGCGCGCUGCAACAGCAGGCAUUGCAGCGCCAGCAAGCAUGGGUGCAGCAGUACCAACAGCAAUACCGACACCCUGCCCAGGGCUCAAUGAACUUGCAGUCCCCAAUGGGCUGCGGUUGCCACGCUUUGGCCAGCGCCUGGCCUCACCAGCAGAUGUGGUACAACCCUGUCAUGGCUGUGCGGUAUGCGCCCUACUGA